AAGAUCAAUGCCAGUACAACUCUUGCUGUGCUUCGAUUUACACAAGGAGUCUUGGAAAUUCUAACCUCCCUCAUGAUCGAACAAUCUUUUUCAUACAUAUAGUGGACUUUGACCGCAUACGCCAAUGGCAUCUCAGGUCAUAGCCUUUUGGCUUUGGCGCCAGCUACUGGCUUUUUUGGUACGAUCAUGCUCGCAUUUGCCAAAGUCUCACUUCACACCAGGCUUUGGGCAUUUUUGAGAGUGUCUUUGAUUGGAGUUGUAUGGCUGACAGGUGUUGUCUUAUUCUUCCGCACGUCUACCAUCGUCGUGUACGACACUGAGUCCACUUACAACGUAACGGCAGGCGUUGGCCCAUUCAAUGGCUCAUAUGUCCAGCCAUUCUUCGACUACCUCCACUCGUUGGCACCUAGCUAUCCACUCCAGACGCUGCCUUAUACCUACUAUGCGGUCUCCUACAAUCUUGUCAUAAAUCCCAUUUUCUCAACCGUGCUGCAGCCUGUUAGCUGCGUACAGAAUCAGACUUCCGGGACUCGCUGCAUGUCAUACCUUCUCAGCGGCGGGUUGGAAAUGGUUGCGCCUCGGACCGUUAGCACCUCAGAAGAUUAUCCGAUGGUGAAGAUCAGCAAGGUGCCAUCAAUGCAGCUCGACUUCGCAGAAGACAUACCGAGUAACAUAUUUUCGGAGGAAGACUGCGAUACCUUUGGAGCAGCGAAUACGAUCAUAGCCUUGCGGCUUUGCCUAGCAGAGGACCAAUUGGAUUAUGGACGGUGGAAUGCAGGUUGCCUUUAUCUCUGCAACUCUGCAGAAAAUGGGACUUUAUGUGAUGCGACAGGGGCUGAUUCGCUACCCAAUAUCACAAGUUCGAUCUCCUUCUACAAACGCCAAGCGACAGUGAUGGCAAUGCGGUCAAAUUACAGCAUCACCAGUAUCUCUGAUCUCAGCCCACCGGAAUCAGUCACAGACAUGGAUUUACCUGCCUACAGAUCUGCUCUUCGCUGGCUUCUCAACUUCACAGCUGAAGGUAUCCCUCCGCCAUCGUCGAUUGUGGAAAGCUUUUGGGGCGCCGAUGACCAGCUAAACACUGGCCCUGCAACGUAUGGUCUCUUGUUGCAAGAAUUUCAGAGUAUCUUAGCGUUUCCGCUUUGGUUUUUUAAUGCCAACAAUUUCGGCAAUAUAGCGUUGAAGAAAAGAACGACAUCAGCCGCGCCCCAAGAGGUUGGGCUACCGGCAGAAUUCUUCACGGUAGCUUCACUUGUGGCACCGUACGCAAAGCUCAAGUUCGACCCAGUAAUGGUUAUCCUUUUUAUUGUGCUCCAAGGGUUGACAAUACUGCUUGUCUGGAGCAUUCUGUUUUGGAUUUGGUUCAGAGUAGGGGUCGACCAGCUACCAAAUGUAUCGUCACAUCCUCAAUUUGACGCGAUGUUCAAAAUCGAGGCGAAAGGAAUGUCGAAAGCGCACACGCAAGAUGAUUUGCUAGAUGCGGAAGGAGGGGAAGCUAUCAAACUCGUCGAUGGGGUAAGAGUGUACAUGAAAGAUAACUGACAGUUCUUU